GCGAGUUGAGCUGUACAAUGAAAAUUAGCAACAUCUUCCCAAGCUUAUCCUCUUUGCCUCAAACCCCCGCACAGCAAAGCAAAAGCAAAGGACGACAACAGACGGCCACUCAGCACUGACGCACCACUCCGCAAACACAAACACAGGCAGCGUCCAUCGCCACACACACACACACACACACACACACACACACACACACACACACACACACACACACACCCUCGCUCUCACUCUCACACACAAGCAAACAGCCAAGAUGGCGAGCAAAAUGCCAGCCUGUGUCAUCGAUGUUGGCACUGGCUACACAAAGAUGGGCUUUGCCGGCAACUCGGAGCCCUCCUACAUCUUCCCCUCUGCCAUUGGAGUGAAGGAGAACGUCGGGCGUGGCAUGGCACAGGGCGUCGACGACCUCGACUUCUACAUUGGCGAUGAGGCCAUGAACACACCCGGGUAUGCCACAAAGUACCCUGUCCGCCACGGCAUUGUCGAGGACUGGGAUCUCAUGGAGAAGUUCUACGAGCAGGCCAUCUUCAAGUACCUGCGUGCGGAGCCUGAGGACCACUACUUCCUGCUCACGGAGCCGCCACUGAACCCGCCCGAGAACCGCGAGUACCUUGCCGAGAUUAUGUUCGAGUCGUUCAACGUCCCUGGCAUGUACAUUGCGGUGCAGGCCGUGCUUGCCCUUGCGGCGUCGUGGACGUCGAAGAAGGCCGAGCGCACCCUCACCGGCUGCGUCAUCGACUCUGGUGACGGUGUCACCCACGUCAUCCCAGUGGCCGAGGGGUAUGUGAUUGGCAGCUGCAUCAAGCACAUCCCGAUUGCUGGCCGCGACAUCACAUACUUCGUGCAGCAGCUGCUCCGCGAGCGCGAGGUUGGCAUCCCGCCCGAGCAGUCGCUCGAGGUUGCCAAGCGCAUCAAGGAGCGCUACACAUAUGUCUGCCCAGACAUUGUCAAGGAGUUUGAGAAGUACGACAAGCAGCCCGACAAGUACUUUAAGCAGUACACGGGCCACAACAGGGUCACGAAGAAGCCCUUCUCCGUCGACGUUGGCUACGAGCGCUUCCUCGGGCCCGAGAUUUUCUUCCACCCCGAGUUUGCCAACCCGGACUUCAAGACCUCCAUCUCCGAGACCGUGGACACGGUCGUGCAGCAGUCGCCCAUCGACGUCCGCCGCGGCCUCUACAAGAAUGUUGUGCUGUCUGGCGGCUCGACGAUGUUCAAGGACUUCCGCCGCCGUCUGGAGCGCGAUGUGCAGAAGCGCGUCGACCUCCGCCUCAAGCGCAGCGAGGAGCUCUCCGGCGGCAAGCUCAAGCCCCAGCCGAUCGAGGUGAAGGUUGUCUCGCACGCCAUGCAGCGCUACGCCGUCUGGUUUGGCGGCUCCAUGCUCGCUGCCACCCCCGAGUUCUACAAGGUGUGCCACACCAAGGCCGACUACGAGGAGUAUGGCCCCUCCAUCUGCCGACACAACCCAGUCUUUGGCACCAUGUCGUAAGCGCCCUCAACGUCACACUUUUGCCCACUCAGUGCUUGUUGUGCAUUUUCUCUCCUUUCCCUCUCAUCUCUUCAUUUUGCCCCCUCCCCCACGCCAGCCUCUUGCUUGCACCUUGUUUUGCUUGCUCUGUCCCUCCCCUUCCUUCUUCCCGGCCCUGGUUGUGUCACUGUGCCCUUGUUGGAUCUCUUGCUUCUGUUCUUGUGCCAACCACCUGUUAGUGCGUGGCUGCACACCAUUCCCGUGCUGUGUGUCUUGUGUGUUUUGGUUUUAUUGUUGUGUUCGUCGCGUAAUCUUGUGCAGGAUGAUGUGAUUGUGAUUGUGAAUGUGAAUGCGGUGGCGUGGUGGUUGUUGUCACGCGUGCUCCGUGUUGUUGUGUCUGUGCUCUGCUUGUCGUGACCGAUGAUUGGUUCAAAUCGAAUGAAAACCCCUCCUCAGAA